GCAGCCAAUCGGAGUCCGCCGGCUCCUGGCGCGAAGGCAGCGGCGCGCGGCGCGGGCUGCGGCGGCGGCGGCUGCGCGGGGCUGUGGUCGUUGGUGCCGCCAGCUGCGGGCCUGCGGGCGAGGAUCAUGGCUGCUGUUCCUCUAAAUAAUCUACAGGAGCAACUGGAGCGUCAUUCAGCCAGAAAACUUAAUAAUAAAUUAAGUCUUUCAAAACCAAAAUCUUCAGGUUUCACUUUUAAAAAGAAAAUAUCUUCAGCCAAUGAUGUGUCUGUAACUAGUGUGUCAGUAGCAAAAACACCGGUGUUGAGUGAUAAAGAUGUUAAUGUUACUGAGGCCCGUUCCUUCACUGAACCUUUACCGCCUCCCCCAAAUCAGCAGACAAGUAUCAGUGACUUUAAAAAAGCUCCAGGAGGACAGCAAACCAAGAGAAUUGGUUCAAAACCGUUACUGCCAGAUUUGUUGCAGUUUCCUCAGGAAGUUUUAUGUACUACCCAGAAGACAUCAGUUGUAAAGAAAUCUCGUGAUGCUACUUUCAAGAAAUUAGAAUUUAGUUCUUCAUCAGAUUCUUUUAUUACCAUCAAUGACUGGGAUGAUAUGGAUGACUUUGAUACUUCUGGAAGUUCAAAAGCAUUUGUUACACCAUCCAGAAAUCACUCUGUAAGAGUGAGCACUGCUCAGAAAUGUAAAAAGUCCAAGAGAACCUUUUUGAAAGCGCAGCUUCCUAAAGCAAAUUCAGUAAAGGCUGAUUUGACUCCUUCCUCCUCUGAAAUCGAGCAAGUAGAUUUGACUAAGAAACAGGAUGACUCAGAAUGGUUAAGUAGUGAUGUGAUUUGCAUUGAUGAUGGCCCCAAUUCCAAAGAGCUUAUAAAUGAAGAUAUGCAGGAAAGUCAUUCUUUGGGAGAGGAAAGAGAUAGUGGUGAAAAGAAGAAAAACUUGGAAGAAAAGGAAUUACAUUCAAUUGAGAAAUCUCCAUGUGUUGAGUUUGAUGAAGAUGUUUAUGACAUGGAUUUUGUUCCACCUUCUCCAGAAGAAGGAAUGAUUUCUGGCUCUUCUUCCUCUUUAAAAUGCCUUAGUGUGUUAAAGGACCUUGACACCCCUGACAGAAAAGAUGGUCUUAGCACAUCAGAGGACUUGUCAAAAGCUGAGAAAAUGACUGUACAGCAGCCUCAUCAAGAAACGAGCACAGACUGUGACGUUAGACAGAUAAGUUUACAGCAGCAGCUUAUUCACGUGAUGGACCAUAUCUGUAAAUUGGUUGAUACGAUUCCUGAUGCUGAACUGAAAGCUUUGAAUUGUGGGAACGAACUGCUUCAGCAGCGCAACAUAAGAAGGAAACUCCUAGCUGAAGUGGAUUUUAACACAAGUGAUGCCGGUGUUCUUGGCUCGACGUGGAGAGGCAGGCCUGAUUCCCUCGGUAGCCCUGUGGAGGAUGUGGCAUCUGCCUCCUCGCCUUAUGCGUUGCCAAAGGCUGGUUCCUGUCCCACAGAGAAUUCUGUUGAGUUCAAUUUUCCACACCUUCCCUCAAAUUCCAUUUCUGCUGGAGAAUGUUUACUGACUACUACCCCAGGAAAGACAGGAUUCUCAGCCACCACGAAGAAUCUCUUUGAAAGACCAUUAUUCAAUUCCCAUUUACAGAAGUCUUUUGUAAGCAGCAACUGGGCUGAAACACCAAGGAUAGAAAAAAGAAAUGAAAGCUCCUAUUUUCCAGGAAACGUUCUCACAAGCACUGCUGUGAAAGAUCAGAAUAAACACACUGCUUCAGUAAAUGACUUAGAAAGAGAAAUCCAGGCCUCCCGUGAAAUCGAUAAUUUUGACAUAGAUGACUUUGAUGAUGAUGAUGACUGGGAAAAUAUAGUGCAUAAUUUAGCAGCCAGCAAAUCUUCCACAGCUGCCUAUCAACCUGUUAAGGAAGGUGGGCCAGUUAAAUCAGUAUCAGAAAGAAUUUCUUCAGCCAAGACAAGCUGUCUUCCAGUGGCAUCUACUGCUCAAAAUAAAAACUUCUCAGAGUCAAUUCAGAAUUGCACUGUCAAGUCGGCGCAAAAUUUAGCAUCCGGAAAUCUGAAACAUGAGCGUUUCCAAAGUCUUAGUUUUCCUCAUACAAAAGAAAUGAUGAAGAUUUUUCAUAAAAAAUUUGGCCUGCAUCAUUUUAGAACUAAUCAGCUAGAGGCCAUCAACGCUGCACUGCUUGGUGAAGACUGUUUUAUCUUAAUGCCCACUGGAGGUGGUAAGAGUUUGUGUUACCAGCUCCCCGCCUGUGUUUCUCCUGGGGUCACUAUUGUCAUCUCUCCCUUGAGAUCACUUAUAGUAGAUCAAGUCCAAAAGCUGACUUCCUUGGAUAUUCCAGCUACGUAUCUAACAGGUGAUAAGACCGACUCAGAAGCUACAAGUAUUUACCUUCAAUUAUCAAAAAAAGACCCAAUUAUAAAACUUCUAUAUGUUACUCCAGAGAAGGUCUGUGCAAGUAACAGACUGAUUACUACUUUGGAGAAUCUGUAUGAGAGGAAGCUCUUGGCACGUUUUGUUAUUGAUGAGGCACAUUGUGUCAGCCAGUGGGGACAUGAUUUUCGUCAAGAUUACAAAAGGAUGAAUAUGCUUCGCCAGAAGUUUCCCUCUGUUCCGGUGAUGGCUCUUACUGCCACAGCUAAUCCCAGGGUACAGAAGGACAUCCUCACUCAGCUGAAGAUUCUCAGUCCUCAGGUGUUUAGCAUGAGCUUUAACAGACAUAACCUGAAGUACUAUGUAUUACCGAAAAAGCCUAAAAAGGUGGCAUUUGAUUGCUUAGAAUGGAUCAGAAAGCAUCACCCACAUGACUCAGGGAUAAUUUACUGCCUCUCCAGGCGAGAAUGUGACACAAUGGCUGACACAUUACAGAAGGAUGGUCUCGCUGCUCUUGCUUAUCAUGCUGGUCUCAGUGACUCUGCCAGAGACGCAGUACAGCACAAGUGGAUUAAUCAGGAUGGAUGCCAGGUUAUCUGUGCAACAAUUGCCUUCGGAAUGGGGAUUGACAAACCCGAUGUGCGAUUUGUGAUCCACGCAUCUCUCCCUAAAUCCGUGGAGGGUUACUACCAAGAAUCUGGCAGAGCUGGAAGAGAUGGAGAGAUAUCUCACUGCCUGCUUUUCUAUACCUACCAUGAUGUGACCAGGCUGAAGAGACUUAUACUGAUGGAAAAAGAUGGAAACCAUCAUACAAAAGAGACUCACUUCAAUAAUUUAUAUAGUAUGGUACAUUACUGUGAAAAUAUAGCAGAAUGCAGGAGAAUACAGCUUUUGGCUUACUUUGGUGAACAUGGAUUUAAUCCUGAUUUUUGUAAGAAAUACCCAGAUGUUUCUUGUGAUAACUGCUGUAAAACAAAGGAUUAUAAGACAAGAGAUGUGACUGAGGACGUAAAAAAUAUUGUGAGAUUUGUUCAGGAACAUAGUUCAUCACAAGGAAUGAGAAAUAUAAAACAUUUAGGUCCUUCUGGGAGAUUUACUAUGAAUAUGCUGGUCGACAUUUUCUUGGGGAGCAAGAGUGCGAAAAUCCAGUCGGGGAUAUUUGCAAAGGGGUCUGCUUAUUCCCGACACAACGCCGAAAGACUUUUCAAAAAGCUGAUACUGGACAAGAUCUUGGAUGAAGAUUUGUAUAUCAAUGCCAAUGACCAACCGAUUGCCUAUGUGAUGCCUGGAAAUAAAGCCCAAACUGUCCUAAAUGGGCAUUUAAAGGUAGAUUUCAUGGAAACAGAAAAUUACAGCAGUGUGAAAAAGCAAAAAGCAUUAGUGGCCAAGGUGUCUCAGAGGGAAGAGAUGGUUAAGAAGUGUCUGGGAGAGCUUACAGAGGUCUGCAAGGCUCUGGGGAAGGUGUUUGGCGUCCAUUACUUUAAUAUUUUCAACACCGUCACUCUCAAGAAGCUUGCAGAAUCUUUGUCUUCUGAUCCUGAGAUUUUACUUCAAAUUGAUGGUGUUACUGAAGACAAACUGGAAAAAUAUGGUGCAGAAGUGAUUCCAAUAUUACAGAAAUACUCGGAGUGGACUUUGCCAGCUGAGGACAAUUCCCCACGGAUAAGCCCAUCCAGCAGCAGAGGCACCGGAAGAAAUGCCCCUGAGGAGUUCGAUGAGGAAACACCCAUAUCUUCUCACUACUUUGCAAAUAAAACCAAAAAUGAAAGGAAGAGGAAAAGGAUCUCAGCCUCCCAAAGGUCUAAGAGGAGAAAAACUGGUUUCAGUGGCUCCAAGACGAAAGGGGGGUCCACCGCGUCCAGAAAGCUAUCUUCUAAAACUAAAUCCUCCAGCAUCACUGGACCCAGUUUGCAUGGCUCUCAAGCAGCAUCAGGAGCCACUAGGAAAUUGGGGAUUAUGGCUCCCCCGAAGCCUGUAAACAGACCGUUCCUCAAGCCUUCGUAUGCGCUUUCCUGACAGCCAUUCCUCGGUGUGCGGAGACGCUACUUCCAUCAGCCUCUGGCCAUCUGUGAAUAUAGAACUGUUGCUUUUGUUAUACCAUUUGUAAUUUUUACCCAUAUCUAUUAAUAUUUAAAUAAAUGCUUAGGGUGACAGUUCUUAUUUUUAAAAUAAACAUUUCUUUU